CGUUUCGUUUUUUUUUUGUAAAAAAGCCCCUGGGCAGAGUCGCUCCCCUCCCGUCACCAAGCUCUGCCACUCUGGCGCAUCUCGCCUGCGCAGCGGAUGCUCCCCUUCUCAUCCUCCCUCGUCGCCCUCCGUGUGCGUCCUCCGGGCGAAGCCCCCGCGCAGAUCCGACAGCGGCGGGACCUCUGGUACGUUGGAGCGGCUCGGAUGCGAGCGAGGGCGCUCGGGUUCCUCCUGCCCACGUGCUGGGAGAUCGAGGUCACCUGCGCCGCGGCCAUGCUCAUCGUCGCGCUCUACGCUGCCUACGAGCUCCUCGUCCCGCGGUCCCCGCCAGCGGGCGCCGACGACCUCGGCCUCGCCCAGGAACUCGACGGCGCCGACAAGUAUAAGGGAGGCUCCACCGGGCCGUCGGCGUACGUGGUGAAGCUGGAGCUGCUAGCCGCGAAGAAUUUGAUCGCGGCCAACUUGAAUGGGACCUCGGACCCUUAUGCACUUAUCACCUGCGGCGAAGAGAAGCGUUUCAGGAAUUGGUGUCCGUAUAAAAUGGGGAGCAGUUCUCCCUUUGGAAAUUUUUAGGAUAUUGUUUGGCAGUAAGUUUUGAUGUUUUAUUGCCAAGGAGAACAAACAUGACUUCAAGCAGACUGAAUCCAUUAUUCUCAUAGAUUCUUCAUGCUUAAAUUGAUGGGCUAUCUUCCAUUUGCCAGAA